AUGGCCAUCAACGUUCAGCGCGUCCUGAACCUGACCGUCUUCACCUUCUUCUCCGUGGUCCUGUUCCUCUGCAUCAUUCUGACUCCGGCCGAUGCGAUCUACCAGUGCUACAUCACGCAGCGCCUCACGAACAUUUUCAUCAUCACCGGCGGCUACGUUGUCACCUUUAUCCUCGCGGUCUUAAUCUACACCACGCGUAUAUAUACCAACCGUACCGUUCUCUCCGGCAUCCCUAAAGCAUGGAUCCCCGUCGAGCGAGAAGACGUUGGCAAGAGUGUGCGCCGACUGGUUAAGGAGGGUCUGGCGCAUAGUGCGAUCAUAGCCUACCAGGCUCGACCCAGGGACAUUGCAGCAGACGGAUAUGAUUUCUCAAGCUAUGAAUCACUCCUGGUGGACUACGACAAUCCGCCGUGGGGUCAGGUCGAGCACCCCGGAUGGUCCUCGCCAUCGUGUCCUGACUUGCCCGACCUACCGUAUCGAACUGUGGUCCAGGAACUGCCUCAUCUCAUUGAGGCCAAGGCCGUGUCACUAGCUCCUCCCGAUCCAAUCUUCACGGCCACUCAGCGGGCGCUUCACGCGCCUUUCCCCGAAACCGAAGAGUCGAUUCCUGACACGCGGGUAGUGGAAGUACUACGCCGGCCGACAUCGAUGGGUCUGCGGGGGUAUUUGCAGCAUCUGACUGCACUGGAUGUGAUUGAUCCGCCGGAAAUUGGGAUGGAAUUUGUCGCUCUGUACGAGCGGGCGCGCUUUUCGACGCGUGAGCUACACGAGGCUGAGUUCAGGACUUUGAUGCAUGUGUUUGCGGAGCUCCUGAGGGGGAUGAAGGUUUUGGAUCCCCAGAUCUUGGAUGAGGUGCGGGGUGGGAGUUCCCAGGCUGAGAGUGAGUCUCUUAUCGGGCCCUCGGACGAGGAAGGCGAGACCGAUACGGUGGAUUCCUAUGGAGAUAGUGAAGCGAUAUCGCGGGGCCGGAGUAAUAGUCUGCGGCCUUCAAAUGCGUCCACUUGGGAGGGCGCCAGACAGGGUCGCUGGUCGCCUGUUUGGUCGAGACGCUCGGAGGCGCAGCGAACCCUGGCGCCUCCUCGGACGCCAUCGAUGCGGUCGCUUCGGCGAGUGCAAUCGAAUGUGUCUGGUAGCUCCGGAGGAAGCGUGAUUCGCCUGGUCGAGACCCGGAGUCCGACGGAUUUACCGUACGCUUAUAAUGUUGGCAGCAGCAGCCGCGUCGACGGUAGACCUCAAACAUAG